AAAAAAACAAGUUCAUUACUUUGAGACAGCAGUCUUUAAAAGCAAACUUAAACUUUCAAUUGAAAGAAAUAUUAGAGAUUAUAUUUCUGAUAAAGAAGAUUUUAGUUUUAAACACACAGUUGAACAACUGUUGGCACCUUAUAUUCAAGACGAAAUAAAAAAAGAAAAUCCGAAUGCAAGCUUUGAACAAAUAUCAAGAAUUAUUGGAGAACGUAAUAUGCCUAAGGAAUCUAAAGAACCUAAAGAAGAAUUGCAAAGGCCAUGGUCACCUUUAUCAUCUAUUAUAGUUCCCGAAGAAUCUCGGUCAUCUCUGAACGAACAAACGAUAUCGCUCGAUGAUCUUGAUAUUAACAUGUCUCAAGAAAAUUAUGAAGUAGUAAACGAAUCACAAGAAAUUCAGUACAUGACGGAAUUUCAAUAUUUGGAUCCUAUGGCAGAAUUGAUUAACAUGGUUCAAUCGAACAAACAAUUCACAACUGAUUGCUACAAUUAUCCAAAUGAUUUUGACUAUGAAACGCAACCAACAGAAAUAUUACCUUUCGAUUUCAGUAAAAAUGAUUGUGUAGAUACAACUUUGCCUUUUCAUUUCAGUGAAACUACUAGCAUUGACACAACUUUUCCUCUUCAUUUUAUUCAAAGUACGCCACAAGAUUUUAAUGAUUAUCCAUUCGGAACUGUAAACUCUGAUUCUUUCUUAUAUGAUACAACUUUUGAUUCCUUUGAAUCAACGAAUGAACAUUUGUAUAAUAUUUUUGACUUAACAAAUAUUUAA